AUGACCAACCGUACUAACCAGUCUCUAGAAGACAGUCUAUGGUGUUUACAGUACAAUUUUGAAAUCUAUAAAACCAAAGUUGUUCGAUGGAAUCUGAUUAUAUCAUGCUAUGUUGCUAUCCUGUUAAGCUGUUUGGUCAUAGGUUCCAAUGGAUUGCUGCUGAUGCUUGUAUCAGCAAAGAAAUCUGUGAGGAGCAAAGUAAAUAUUUUAUACGUCAUGCUAUCCAUUUCGGAUUUACUAUCGGGACUCACGUAUAUUCCUGUGUACGUUUAUUUAUCAAUUGGCUUCUACAAGAACUCGCCAUAUUGUUUUCUAGUCCCAAUAUGGUCAGUUCUAGGAUACGCAAACACAACAAUGUCAAUUUCUGCAAUUGCGUGCAUUACUAUGGAAGUCUACUUAGCAGUAGUAAAUCCAAUUGCUUAUAAAGCGCGCGUGAAAAGAAAGCUAUUUCCCAAAAUACUAACGGCAGUAUGGUUCGUAUGUAUAAUAUCGCCAUUCGUUACCAAGUUUGCUUUUCCAAAUUUUUGGUGGAUGUACCGUGCGUUUAUGACUGUUUACGGAUUUGCCAUUCUUAUAUCCUUAAUAAUAUGCCAAUACCGAGUUAGUGCUUACUUACACAAAAAUCAAGGAAUUUCAUCAGGCCAGCGGAAUAAAAAGGCGAUGCGUGUUGCCUUAGAAGUGCUGUUUGUGUACGGAAUGGUCAGUGUUCCAUCAAUUGCCUUUAACAUAAUCAAUACUUUGAAACACUCACCAGCGAAUCAUUCGUACUGGGAAACAUGGGUUGUUAUUAUUGCAGGUUGCAAUGCUUUGUUCGAUACAUUUAUUUAUGGUUUUCGAUCAAAGGAGUUAAAGCGUGAAGCACGUGUUUUUGUCUUUGGAGAAUGA